CAGAUCUGACUAGUUUGUAAAGUUGUUCAGCAAACGACACUGCGUGUGGUAAACACUGCUCUGAACGUCAUAAGAAACGGAUUUGAUACAUUCUGUUCUAACAGCCCUAUAGUCAAUCUGACAAUUUAAACUUCUCUACAGUGUACUUCAGCUGAGUGAGAGUGACAGAUAGAACAUGUACUGAUGAAGAGAAAAUGGAAACAAAAAAAUCUACCCAAAUUGCAGGUCAAGACCCAGGACAAUUUCAAGAGCAAGCAAGGGAAACAUCACACCUGAAGGAUGAAGGUACAUCAAAGACAGUGAAACCAACUCUGGUGAAAUGGGAUUCAUCGAGUACAGAAGAGGUCAAAGUUUUCAUCCUUUUGACUGGACACACAAAUAACACUCACGAGAACUUUAUGGCCAAUCUCAAGAAACAAUUUAAGUCUCUGAGGGAAGUUGAUACAGCGGACAAGAGUGACAUUGUUUUGGUUUUCUGUCCUAUUGUCUCUCGAGCUGGAACUGAUAUUGAAGCAGCACUGAAGAAAUUAAAUAACUCCACAGCCUCAAAGCCAGCUGCUCUAGUGGUGCUACAUCACACAUUUGACCCAGAGAAAACUGUAGGAGAAAGCAGCAGAUUUGUCAACAGGGAGGACAUACUGACAGUGGACUGUCUGUUCUAUGAGGAUACAGGAUUACUGCAGUGUCUGAAGAAUUCUGAAGCAAUAAACAAAGUUGUGAACUGGUUAAAACAGCAGAGGAAGAAAAUAGGUGUCAAAGUAUGUCCACCUCAGAACAUAUGGCAAAAGCCAACAAGGAAAAUAUCAGAAAUGCCUGAUAAGGAUGAAGGUAAAUCAGAGGCAAAAAAGGUUAAAAGGAAUACAGAAGAGGUCAAAGUUUUCAUCCUUUUGACUAGACACACAAAUAACAUUCACGUGAACUUUAUGGCCAAUCUCAAGAAACAAUUUACGUCUCUGAGGGAAGUUGAUACAGCGGACAAGAGUGACAUUGUUUUGGUUUUCUGUCCUAUUGUCUCUCGAGCUGGAACUGAUAUUGAAGCAGCACUGAAGAAAUUCAAUGACUCUACAGUGUCUAAGCCAGCUGCUCUAGUGGUGCUACAUCACACAUUUGACCCAGAGAAAACUGUAGGAGAAAGCAGCAGAUUUGUCAACAGGGAGGACAUACUGACAGUGGACUGUCUGUUCUAUGAGGAUACAGGAUUACUGCAGUGUCUGAAGAAUUCUGAAGCAAUAAACAAAGUUGAAAACUGGUUAAUUUUGCAGGGGGAGAUAAAGGGUGUCAAAGUACAAGCAAGUCAAAACAUAUCAACUUUCAACUUUCUUCCAAGUUGGUUUCUGGACAUUUGGACAUUGAGGAAUAAACCGAGUGCUUCAAGUGACAAUGAGAAGCAGAUUGUAAACAUUUCUUCCUCAUCCAGUCCAGUGAAUUAUUAUAUCAUGGUAACUGAAGGCACUCAUAUGUCUCAUGAGCAUUUUAUGAAAGCUUUAUCUCAGCAUAAAAAGACUCCACCUCUGAAGAAGGUUUCUACAGACCAGGAGAGUGAUGUCAUUCUGUACUUCUGGCCGGUUUCUUCACAAAAUGACAUAAAUGCAAUUUUGGAAGACUUCAACAAAACAGACAAGCCUGUGGUUCUCAUUUUGCUCCAUGACACACAUUUUGUCCCAGAAUUCAGUGGACUUGAGAACAAGCCAAAUCUGAUUGCCAUGGACUGUGUUUUCUAUGAGGGUGUAGGACUCUCUGUGACCUGCCAAAAGACCAAAAAAGCAGUUUCUGCAGUCUCAGACUGGCUAAGCUCUAAGUUUAAAGAUCAUUAAGGAUGGGGAGCAGAAUGACACUGAGGAUGGACACACACUGCCAUUCAGAAAGAUCCUGUGACUUUGACAAAAAUGAAGGAUUCAUACAUUGAGUCUCUCUACAGCUGAGAUGACACUUAGAUCACAUAGAGUAUAUCAGUUAACUUGUUUAGAUUUUUUUCUUUCUUCAAAAUUGUGUAACAACUUCUGUUUUCACAAAGUAUUACAAGUGUUUCAACAAGUGAGCAGGAGUCGCAUAAGCCCUAUAGUUACCAUUAAAUGAAUGUGAAUUAUUAGUUUGAAUAGAUGCCGUGACUUGCGACUCUUACUAUCCUAGUUCUAGCUCUAAAUCAACUUUCAAACUAAUGUUCAACUCUUUUGUUUUGUCGUGGUGUCAUACAAAGGCAAAUAUAAUUCAUUUGUUCUCCCUGUAUGAGAGAUUUUUAGGAAUGAUUAUUAGUUCUUUGACAUAAAUAGAAAUGUAGGAUUAUAAAUGUGCAAAUAAAAAAAAAAUGGGUGAUGGCAUUUAAUAAUUGAAGUAUAUAAUGAAUGACAGAAAAAUUAAUUAUUAAGAUUAAAA